UGAUUCGGUUCUUGACGUACACAAUCGAAUCUUUGAACACUUUGCUGAGGGAGUUUUAAGCUACUUUUACUCGUGAAUUCUGUCUAGCUACCUCGACAGGGAUGUCUGGUGCAGGCUGGGAGAAGCAGAAGGAUUGCAGUGAGCAGCAGAAAGUGAGAAGAAGAGCACUACAGGCACGCCAUCGAGCCACACUAUCCAGCCUGUUUGAGACACUUAAAAACACAGUGUGCCCUUUAAGUCAGACCACUCAAAAUACAGAGGGUUCUUCAAAUCAAAGAACUCAUGCAAAGUGGAAGAUCCUUGAUCAUGCCAAAGGGUUUCUACUCGAGAAAGAGGCUUACCUCAGCAAACUCCUGGUUCUGAAGGAGGUUUAUUUGGUUGAUGCUAAAGGACCCAAGAACUUAGAAGAGGUGCGAGAACAGUACAGAAGGCUGUAUUCUAAAGGCUCUAUUCACAGUGGAAGACAAAACCAUAAAGCUUGCGUGCCUGAUAUGGAUGAGGGUCCUGAGAGCAGUGAUGAAGACUAUACUGAUGAAGAAGUAGAUGAGCUAUCACAGUCCCAGUCCUCUGGAACAUCAAUUCCUAACAUCCAAGAGUUUGAAGGAUAUCUCCUUUUCUACAGGGAGACUCUGGAGCUCCUCCUGAGCAGUGGAGUGCUCUCUCAAGGCCAGGUGACUCUUCCUGUAGUGUCUGAAGCUAUCUCAGGGCUGUGGAGCUCCCUUUCCCCACAGCAGAGAGCAGCAGUGCGACAGCGAACUCUGGAACAGAGCUCUGACUCAUGGGAUGUUAAAGAUAAUAAUACUACCAUUGCACAUUUCACCAGUGUAAAUUCCUCUGGACCUUCUACCCUCAAGGAGGAUCUACUCCAGGAUGCCUGUGAUGUGGUGCAGAGAGACUUGGAUGCAGCUACAGCCAACAGUGCUGCAGUUCUGCAGAAGUGUGACUAUGAGAGGCUGAAACAAAUCUACAGGGACAUCCUGAGCUUCAUCAGAAGCCACAUGGCUGAUGGUCAGGAACUUACACAGGAUCUGUCUCAGGAAGACGACUAUGAAGAACUUUUCCUAAGGUGCUCAGAAAGCUUUGAUGAAGAUUUCUAGUUAGCUUAAAAAAAUGGUUGUUGUGUAGUGCAUUAUUAUUAAUAUGAAUUUAAUUUUGUUCUGGCUUUAAAAGUUUAGUUAUUAGCAGUCUUGCUUUAAAAAAAAAAAAAGAUUAUUCCCAGUCUUUUAACAGUGACAUUGUAAUGUGCAGUACUGAUCACAUUUACCUGGAUUUCUCCGUAUGGCCUUAUUAUUCAGUGGAAAAUGGCUUACAUGGCUGUUAUUUAUAAUUAAGUAUAAUUAAUAUAUUUAAAUGUAAUCUAUUACAUUGAAAUUUUCAAUUGUUUGUUUGACAAAAGUAUAAACGCCUGGUUUACAUGCAGUGCAAUAAUUUGAUCUACAUGACCUAAUGGGGGCACUCUGAUUUCCUACAAAGAAGCUAAAGGUGUUUGCAUUAGCUAGACAAUAUUCUGACUCGAAUCCAGUACAACAUUGUUUAAUGAAUGAUUUAGAAAUUUCAAGUCCAUCAUAGUUAACCUACUAAACCUGGGGAACUGAAGAAAAGUUGCCAAGAGGAACCGGCCAGAGCUAGGAUGCAUCAAAGCUAUAACUGCCAACAACAACUUUGCAACAUAAUCCUCUUAAUAAUUUCUGGUGUUCAUUUAUUCAGUCAUUUUCAAGUUUUACCACCGCUUUAUCCAGGUCAGGAUCAAGGUGGGUCUGGCUUCCCUGGAAUCACUGGGGGCAAUGAAGUUACACACCCCAGACAGGAUGUCAAUCCAACACGCUGCCACGGCCAUCCUCAACCAUACAUACAUAGCCAAUCAUGACUGUAUGUAGACACCUGACCUGCUGAUAGCACCGCUGGGGAUUCGAACCUUAAAACCCUGUGGUGGUGGGCUAGUGUAAUUUACUGCAGUACCACUUGAAUGCUUAUAUAGUUUAUGUAAAAUUUUACCAAAUCACGCCCAGUAAUUCUAGGGAAGCCUCACCUGCCGUGACCCUGAUCGGGAUAAAAGCGUUGAUAAAACAAAAUCUAUUAUUGUUAUAAUUUAUUAGUUUGCUAUAUAUUUGACUUAAUAGGGUUUAAGAACACAUAACAUUUUGCUACAGAAUUGUGUGUAACACUACUGCAGGAAAACUGAUAACAUUUAAAUGUAAUGCCAGGUCCUGACUGGAUUAUCGUUUACUCUUAUCCUCCCUCUACAGCUACCCGAGAAAUACCAGAGGGCAAAAACAGGUGCAAAUGUCCUAUUUCAUACAAUCAGAUACACAAUAUCAAAAAGAAGAACAUUUCUAUUUAGAAACACUUUUUUAUUUAGGUAGAAGAAAUCCUGCUAUUCUGCACACGUAUUUCUAGUCACACUCACACAGAAACACACACACACAAACCCUGUCUGGAUGUAUCAGAAAUUUUACACUACAAAACGAUGGGCAAUCAUUUUUUCCAAAGUAAAAGUGCAACACAAUGUGAUUUCAGUAACAGUGGCAAGUCACAUUUAGGUUUUCUUCAUUUUAUACAAAUGUAUGAUGCUGUAAAGCAGUGAAUCCCAACGACUGGCUCAAGAAAAUGCAUCUAAAGAACAUUUCUUACUGCUGUUAUGAGUUUUUCUGAGUUUUGUUAAGACAGUAAAAUGCUUUUAAAAUGAAAAGUAACACCAAUUAUACAGCACACUGCACAAGCACCAACGGCAGCCAAUCCCUACAUGCCCUUAAAAAGUCAAACAAUGUGCUACAUCAGCCACUUGUCACCUCCUUGUGUGAAUGCAGUCUAAUGUAUUUUAUCCUCUUACACUUUUAAAACAUUUUUAUGCAUCUUUCCCUUUUUCCUCCCAAUUUAAUCAUAUCCAAUUACCCAGUAUCUCCUCUACUGCUGCAGAUGUCGACACUGCCCAAGGAGGGCUGUACCUAACACACCCCUCGCCGACAUGCGUGCAGUUGCCAACCACUUCUUUUCACCUGCCCAAAGCGGGUUCACACAGGAAUCAGUAUCACCUACUGAUCUCCAUUAUUCCAUCUCUGUGUACGCAUCAGUGACCAGCCAGCAGAGGCCGUAAGUGCAGCAGCAAUGAGGAAUCCUGUCGGCCCACCAACCCUCAGACAUGGUCAAUCAUGUCUGUGUAAGGCGCCGGGGCUGGCCGAAAGCAGAGCUGAGAUUCUAAUUCAAGAGCUCAAGAUCCCAGCAGUAGUGGACCAGUGUGUUAGACACCUAUGCCGUAUUAUACAAUAUCAUACAACCAGAUCUUCAUAACGAACUUCAAAUGUUUUAACCUCUUACCAAGGAGUUUGUGCAGUUUUGUUAGCUGUGUAAAGAGUAUUGGGACAUAUUAAAUACCUGUUAUUAAAUCUAGACAGAAGUUUAAAAGCAAAAUAAUGUAAUAUGUUAAACGUUACAUUAAAAAGAAAAAGGGAGGGUACAAGGCUUAGAGUUACAUGGAUUUGAUUCAGAGUUUUUGUAUGCACGGUUGGUCUGGAUUGUCAUUAACAAUAGGCCGAAUAAAGCCGCUGCCAAACCAA